UCUAAUUUUUAUCAACGGAAAAACAAUUUUCGUUGGCGCUUUUUUAGAUUUUUCGUUUUAUUAAAGAAUUUUUCUUGAUUUUAAUAUUAAAAUGUGGUCGAAUAUAAUAAUUUAAAUAUAUCUUCAUGACCCGAACUAUGAAACUUUGCAGAAAAUGAAUAGAAUCUUGGGUACAUUCGCCGAAUUCCGGACGGAAGACUACCUUCCGGAAGGCUGGGUCAAGAAAGUCUGGCUAGAUAAUGGAUUUGCUCGGUAUAUAGCUUUCCCAUCGGAAUACGAAGUCGUCUUGGAAGAAAUAUCAAUCGACGCACUCCUAAAGGAUUUCCACGAUUCACUGAGGAACUGGUUCUUGGAAUCAGGUACAUCUCUGGAAGCAGUAGUCAGCGAAUACUGCGGCGAUCGAAGUGAAUUAGAAAACGAUCUUAGUUGGCAAACGUUGAUAGACGAAGGAUUGAAUUUCAAAGCACUGAUAUCGAUCUUAGGAACACUAAUACUCCGGUUCCAAGAAGAAGCCACCAAUUCUCAAUAUUUCGUCGAAGCUUUACACGCUAUUCGUUUAUAUUCGCUGCUAAUAGCUAUACCAGGCAGUCACCUAUGUCAAAUAUUCAACGCUACUUUAUACUCGUUCGUCAUGGCGGUGAUGAGAAUCGCCUUAGAACAAGUCGAUGCUGGUUGCAGCGCCACCAGACCGGGCAAACGUAAGAAUAACGACGAUGCAGAUAACGAGGAUAACGAAGGGGCGAAAUUAACCUGUAAUAAACACGAGGUGCUUUCAUUAAUCAACGAUUUCCUCGAUAAUUCGACGCUGAUCGUAGAAAACAGGAAAUUCAGAAUGGACGAGUCGUCUUUAAACCUCACAGUGCAAAUAUUAGUAAUGGCCACUAAACUGGAAAAAGUCAACGGUGCUUUGCUCAUUUACAACUUGAACCAAUACAAACGCGAAUCAGCUUCGUGUGUGGCUUAUAAAAGUUUCCUGAUAUUGCUCAGGAUGGCUAAAAUGAUGCACAACGAUGUGAAAAAAUCAGUCAAGUCGAUUCUGGCAGAACUAAUGCCCAUAUUUUUACUAACCGAGUCACGUUCGACGAAUAUUGGCGCCAAAGAAGGAGUCGUGAUUCGAGCCAACUACACGUGUUUUUUGAAAUUACUGCUCAACGAUCUUGGAGACAUAGCUCACGAUUCGGUGAAUAUUUUAAUCCAAAGGAUCUGCGUUUCUGUACCAGAUCGCGCCGAGAUGCGAGUCAAAGCGACAGCUACAGCUUUAGAUAUCAUUAAAAUAUCACCUCCGGCGCUGCAAGCUAGACAAAUAUACUCGAUAAUAUUUAUAUCUCACAUGUCCGAAAACAAACCACGUCUGUUGACGUUGGAAAUGAUCUAUCAGCUGUUACUAGAUGAAACGAUAUGCUGCCGGAUCCUGUCUGAGGAUUAUGCGGCUAUCGUCAACGAAUCUUUCUUAUUGGCUAUUGUGUUUUAUCGAUGUCAAGAUACAUCUACGAAUAUUCGAACGAAAGCUUUAUCGUAUUUAGAUCAAUUCACCAAUCUGCAAAAGAAUUGCAAAGUUAAGAAAUUAAUGGAUAGAAUAUUCAUCGAUCCUUAUAACGGUGUCAGUGAUCCAAAUACUGUAGAUGGAUACAAGAAGGAAAUUUUCGAUACUCAACAGUUUCUGGCGAAUCAAGGUGAUUUCGACGACCCUACGCUGGAUCCUCUUCCUGGCGCUAGAAUCAUUUUACAGAUGCUGGUUCAGUUCUCUCACGAAGAUAAAGUUUUCAUUAAGAAAUGUGCCAUUCAAUUGCUCUCCAGGAUUAUGCAAUGUAAUAGAUUAUGGGUCAAAAGAGAGUAUUUGGAGGUAUUUUUAGUAGGAUGUGAUGAUUCUUCGGUUUUGGUACGAAGAACGAUGUGUCAAAUAAUCACAGAUUUAAUCGUAAUGUAUCCCGAUCAUACUGAAGUGAUCACCUGCUGGGUUGAGGGUGUUUGUCCUUUAAUAGCCGAUGAAGAAGUUAAAGCUCAAGAGAAAGUGGUCGAACAUUAUAGCAAAGUGAUCCUGAACAAUAUAAUGCUUUAUGAACACACCACCUCUAUAGUAUCCAGAUUACCGUGGUUGAUUAUGAAAGAAAUCUUGAAACAGAACAAACGAUGCUAUUUACACUUCGCUGUGUCUAAAUGGGUCCAAAAUAAUUCAGUAAAGAAUAAAACGAUCCAGGUGAUUUAUUCGCAUCUGGAGACAGAAAACAAUGAUCCAGCUUGGUGUCUAAUACUUUCAUUUUCUCAAUUAAUGAAUUUACCCAGCAACGAAUUGAUUUUCAAACAAUACGAACGAAUUAAACAAAACUGGGAUGCUCUGCCCUACAGUCAACUUGUGGUGGAAACUUUGUAUCACGUUUGUACCAGAAUGCCUCAAAAUAUCAAAGAUAAUUUACUCCGUCAAAUGGAAACUGAUCUAAUGGAGUGUCGAAUCCCUUUGAAGUUAAUAGGACGAUGUCGAGAUAUAUGCGAACGUUUAAUCACCGACGCUUCUGAUAAGAAAACUGCUCAUUUAUCCGUGAAAGAAUGGUCCACACCGAAGAUAAUGAAUUGUUUGAAUUAUAUAGAAAGUCAAAUCAGUCAAGAUUCUCCUAUCGAUGUCGUCGACGAAACGAAAUUAAUGAAUUAUGUGUUCUUGCUCGGCGAAUUGGCUCAGCCUGAUCCUAAACAUGUGCCUAAAUCGUUUAUUAAAUUAUUAUUGAAUGUUUUAAUAGCGCCAAAAAAUAGAUCAGGCGGUUUCUGGAGAGGUCGUGUGACUACGUCGAUGAAAGCGGUCACCAUUUUAACCCUGGUCAAACUCAGUUUACAAAAAGAGGAAACCGCUAGCUCGAUUAUGCCAAUUUUUCGAGAAAUUCUCUCCUCCAAUGCGGUCUCUCCCAGCAUACAAGUGAACGCCAUCAUCGGAAUGUGUGACUUAUGUUCAAGGUAUACGACCUUAGUCGAGAGAUAUUUCACGUGUAUCUGCGGAUGUUUUAAUUCGCAACACGAGUGUGUUCGUAAAACAGCUCUGGUUUCGUUGAUGAAACGUAUUCGUGAAGAGUACGUGAAACUCAGACCGUUCAUUUUAUUCCCCAUGUUGACCAUGAUUCUGGAUAAAUCAGUCGAAGUUCGCAGAACGGUAGCCACUUUUAUAGAAAUCGAUUUGAGGAAAAAGGGCAGUACAUUGGAGACGUUUUAUACCGGAUUGUUUUUCUUUUUGAAUAACUGUAAAAAUCACUCGACCACUGUGAAAAUAUCGGAUGAAAUAAGGACCAUGUUUUCGUAUACGAAUAAUCCCAAGACUCGAGAGUACAUUUAUACUUAUGUUCUGGAUAAACUAGCGGAUACUGCGAGACGUGUGUCUAUUUGCAAAAAGAUCAUCGGAGAUAUUAUGGCAUCGAUAGCAGAUGAAAAUUUAAAACUGGACGAAAAAACUGAAGCAAUUUUGAGCGACGCUUUCACCAUAUUGAUCGAUAACGAGAAAAAAUUAGCCAAUGCUAUAUCCAAAAAGAAGGGCAAUACCGAAGAAGAAGAAGAAAUCGAAGAAACUGAAACCAGUCAGGCUAAGAAAGGUGCAGCUGUUCAUGUCACCGAAGCCAUGCGAAUGAACGAAAUCGCCGAAAUGAUGCCGAUUCUAUUCAAGUUGAAAGUACGCUUAAAACGUCAUAAAAGCUCAUGCUACAAAGAUCUCAUCUUAUUCAUGUGCGAACUGUUGCGAAACUACAAAGAAGAGACUUCCAAUCUUCUAACCGGCGACAUGGAACUAAAAGCCGAAGUCGACUACCAGCUCAAAAAAAUGGAACACGAACUCGAAGAGCAACGUAGAGCCGAACGAGCUGCAGAAAACCCAGAUAACGAAGAUACACCCCCACCAGCCCCCGUCAUCAGUCAAGCUACUCUGAUGGAAAUCAGGAAACAAUUGAUCGAUUUACACGUUCAUUUACCCAGAUGUGACGAUUUAGUCCCCGGCCUGGUACCAACUCCGGCCCAGUUGCCUCCUCCUCAAGAUCAGCAACAAGAACCUGCUGAUGAAAAUGCUGCCAACGGUGAGGAGGAGGACGACGACGAUGAAGAAGACAAAACGUCACAAGAUGAACACCACGAACCCGAACAGGAGGAUGGGGACGAGCAGAUGGAUGUAACUGAGCCUCUAGCCGAUGAUGAAACCGAGCUAGAGAAUAGUAUGCCUAUUGGAGGCGAUACAGAAACUGAAACCGAAGAAGAUAACGACGGUAACGAAGAAUCCACCGAUUCGGAAAGCGAUUAAUACUUAAUUUUAUUUAUAUAUUUUUAAUGAUUGGACAAUCGAGUUUAAAUGUUUAAGUGUUCUCUUUUUAUUUUUUAUUUUAAAUAUCUGUGAAUUUUAUCAUUUUUUUCAAUGAUAUGUGUUGUAAUGAAUUUUCAUACUUUAAUAUUUUAAUGUCAAAUACCCAUCGAAUGUGACGCCAUUUUGUAAUACCUUGUUUAAAUAUGUAGAAUAAAUAAUGAGUAUUGACGAG